AUGAGACAAUUGAUAUAUCUAUUCGUGUUCAUAUGCUCGUUGUUUUGCUGCGUUAACUCCAUUGAAGUCGAAUUGCGCCGAGCUGACUAUUCGGGCAUUGAAAUGUCCGACGAUCUUUAUGCUCCCAUGGCUGUGAGUUUCCCAUCAUUUCGGCUCUACCAUCCCGACACCAAAACAUAUGUAUCCAAAAGCAACAAUUCGUAUGAGAUAUUAGCCACUGAGCGUUUUCUCUUCAGUCGUCUAAUUGAAUGGGAAUGGAUUCCACUGCAAGGCAAUUCUGGAAUAUAUUUGCGCAAUAAAGUAAAUGGAUCGUACCUCUGUUUCAAUAAGUAUGGAAGACCAAUUGCUCGGGAACGUAUUGAAGACCAAAAUUGUUUUCUUCGCGGAUUCAUUCCUGUGACAAAUAAAAAAGAUGUGAAGAAGGAUGAAUCAAUAAUUACAAUUGACAAUGGAGAUGGAGUGAUCCAUCUGAAAGAACUAACUGACUACGUUAAUGUGAAACCUCAGCCAAUUUAUUUGUUGUCUAAAUUCUACUCUCCACCAUGGAUCACCGGGUUCUGUCCUAAUGGGAAUAGCUUCUCAAAUGAUGACCCUCUUCUUCCUCGCUGCCAUCAUAAGCAACGUUCCCGAAACUGGAGCAUGUUCUAUCUGUGCCCAAUUCUCCCGGAGAGCUGUCGCAGAGGAAUGUGCAUAUACAGUACCCACUUAUUUCAGAAAUACUAUACCGGCUGUUCACGUCACUGCACUUACAGUAUUCAGUGUGGUGGUUUGCUAACACAGAAGUAUGGCAACAUUGAGUUCGACUAA